AUUGAAGAUGGUACUCCAUCUCAUACAAAGGACUACAAUGUUGCUGAAGUAUUUGACUGUGGCUUUGAAAGAAUUAUCCUUCCCCCUUGCUCCCCAGAUUUGAACCCAAUAGAAGAGGUCUAGCGCUACAUUAAGGAUAUUGUCAAGAGAAAAAUAGGUUGGAACUAUCGGGAUCCUGCAAUAGAAGAGAUUGUGGUACAAGAGUGGAAAGGCCUCUCGUCAGACUAUAUUAAUGGACUGAUUGCUUCUAUGCCA